GCAGUACGCGCCUCGGGUUCCGUGUCCCUCUUCCACAAUCUUUGGUUGCCCCCUCCUGGGCCAGCAUUCCACCCUGGCCUCCAGUCUGCCCCGGGACGGAGAGAGAAUGAAGAUGGGAGGAGCGGCGACGGAGAGGGCUGAGGAGGAACCUACUUCUGCACUGACCCAGGGACUGGAGCGAAUCCCAGACCAGCUCGGCUACCUGGUGCUGAGUGAAGGUGCAGUGCUGGCGUCAUCUGGGGAUCUUGAGAAUGAUGAGCAGGCAGCCAGCGCCAUCUCUGAGCUCGUCAGUACAGCCUGUGGCUUCCGGCUGCACCAUGGCAUGAAUAUCCCCUUCAAGCGUCUGUCAGUGGUCUUUGGCGAACACACGCUGCUGGUGACUGUGUCAGGACAGAGGGUGUUUGUGGUGAAGAGGCAGAACCGUGGCCGGGAGCCCAUUGAUGUCUGAGUUUGCCAGAGGGCCAGGGUCGGAGAAAUGGACUGGAUCCUUGGGCCUCUGUGAUGAGGAGACACAUUGUCCUCCACCUCUUGCUUGGCAUGCUGCUGGAACUAGGGUCUUCUGUUUACUCCCCUCCCCAUCCCCACCUGAAGAACAGAGGUUUGGGUACUUUAUGUGCUGUAUUAAGGAGAACUUGGGCAAGGGUUCCCUUUUCCUUCCUAAUAAACAUGAGUCUGAUGUUCCUAG